AUGGGUUACACUGAUCUGGACCAGUUGGCGAUCAACACCAUCCGUGUUCUCGCGGUUGAUGCCACCUCCAAGGCCAACUCGGGCCACCCCGGUGCCCCCAUGGGCAUGGCCCCUGUGGCCCACGUUCUGUUCAACAAGUUCAUGAACUUCAACCCCAAGAACCCUGACUGGGCCAACCGUGAUCGUUUCGUUCUCUCUAACGGCCACGGCUGCAUGCUCCAGUACGCGCUGCUGCACCUUUUCGGCUAUGCCCUCACCAUUGACGACCUGAAGAACUUCCGUCAACUCGACAGCAUCACCCCCGGUCACCCCGAGGCUCACGACACCCCCGGUAUUGAGGUCACCACUGGUCCUCUGGGUCAGGGUUUCUCCAACGCCGUCGGUCUCGCCAUUGCCCAGGCCCACUCCGGUGGUGUCUUCAACAAGCCCGGCUUUGAGCUGUUCAACAACUACACCUACACCUUCUUCGGUGAUGGCUGUGCCAUGGAGGGUAUUGCCUCCGAGGCUGCCUCUAUGGCCGGUCACUUGAAGCUCGGCAACCUGAUUGCCAUCUACGACGACAACCACAUCUCCAUUGACGGUGACACCAAGUGCGCCUUCACCGAGGACGUCAUGAAGCGCUUCGAGUCCUACGGCUGGCACACCGAGUGGGUCAAGGACGGUGACAACGACCUCCAGGCCAUCGAGGAUGCUAUCCGCAAGUGCCAGCAGGUCAAGGAUAAGCCCUCCGUCAUCAAGUUGACCACCACCAUUGGUUUCGGUUCCAAGCUCGCCGGUACCGGCGGUGUCCACGGUAACCCCCUCAAGGCCGACGAUGCUCAGCACGUCAAGAAGCUGUUCGGCUUCAACCCCGAGGAGAGCUUCGCCGUUCCCCAGUCCGUUUACGACCUGUACAACCAGCACGCCGCCGAGGGUGCUGCCAAGGAGCAGGAGUGGAACGCCCUCUUCCAGAAGUACCAGCAGGAGUAUCCCACCGAGGGUGCUGACCUCGCCCGCCGUCUUUCCGGCAAGCUGCCCGAGGGCUGGGAGAAGAGCCUCCCCACCUACACCUCCGCCGACCCCGCCGUUGCCUCCCGUAAGCUGUCCGAGGCCGUCCUGGAGAAGAUUCACAGUGUCAUCCCCGAGCUGCUGUCCGGUUCCGCCGAUCUGACUGGCUCCAACAACACCCGCUGGAAGAACGCUGUCGACUUCCAGCCCCCCGAGUACGGCAUUGGUGAGUGGUCCGGCCGCUACCUCCGCUACGGUGUCCGUGAGCACGCCAUGGCUGCCGUCAUGAACGGUCUCGCUGCCUACGGUACCGUCAUCCCCGCUGGCGGUACUUUCCUCAACUUCGUCUCGUACGCUGCCGGUGCCGUCCGUCUGUCGGCCCUGUCCCGCGUCCGUGCUAUUCACAUCGCUACCCACGACUCCAUCGGUCUGGGUGAGGAUGGUCCUACUCACCAGCCUAUCGAGACCCUGGCUCACUUCCGCGCUCUGCCCAACUGCAUGGUCUGGCGCCCCGCUGACGGCAACGAGACUAGCGCUGCCUACUACUCUGCCCUGACCUCCAGGCACACCCCCUCCAUCCUGGCCCUGACCCGCCAGAACCUGCCCCAGCUGGAGAACUCCUCCAUCGAGAAGGCCAUCAAGGGUGGUUACGUCGCCAUCGAGAACCCCGAGGCCCAGGUCACCCUGAUCUCCACCGGUUCCGAAGUCGGCAUCUGUAUCGACGCCGUCAAGACCCUCGAGGCCCAGGGCAUCAAGGCCCGUGUUGUCUCCGUUCCUUGCUUCGAGGUCUUCGACGCCCAGGACAAGGAGUACCGCCUCCAGGUCCUUCCCGACGGUAUCCCCGUUCUCUCCGUCGAGGCUUGCUCCACCAUGGGCUGGGAGCGCUACGCCCACGAGCAGUUCGGUCUCAACCGCUUCGGUGCCUCCGGCCCUUACAAGCAGGUCUAUGCCAAGUUCGAGUUCACUCCCGAGGGCAUUGCCAAGCGUGCCGUUGCCACCAUCGAGUUCUACAAGGGCUUCCCCGUCCGCUCGCCUAUUAACCGUGCUUUCCAGCAAAUUCUGUAA